AUGCCCAUCUCACAUAGGCACCUUCACCAGCACCGUCGUCGGGAUAUUCUCGACGACAUUGACGACAUUGUCCAUGGAAAAAACCCCUUUGAUGAUGGUGAUAACGAUGAUGAUAAUGGUGAUGGAAAGAAGGAGCAUGAAAAUGGGGACAAGAACUCAGAUAGCAAAGGCCAAAGCCUUCCGACAGAGGCUUCAAAGCCCAGCCCGAAGCCUGAUGCGCAAUCCAAGGAGACGCCAAAGGACACCCCGACCCCGGCAAAGGAGACGCCAAAGGAGACGCCAAAGAACACUCCUAGUCAGCAGCAAAAGACGCCCCCGGCGCAAAAGACGAGUUCCGCCGAGCCGACUGCCAUUCACUCUCCUCAGCAAACUCAAUCCGAGUCUCAGACGGUUCUUGCCAAGGCUACCGGCUCACCAACGCAGGCUGUUGACGGCAAUCGAGCUCACUCGGGCGCUGCCUCUCCCACCAUUGAUGCGGCAUCAGCAUCGUCAACCCCUAGCAGCGUCAGUGCGGCCAGCUCUGGCACGAGCGCAGGAGCCAAGGCUGGAAUCGCCAUUGGAGUGCUCGGUGGCGUCUUCGUCAUUGGAUUGCUCGUCUUCUUCCUCGUCAGCCGCCGCAGAAAGCAAGCUCAGGCCGAGCAGCUUAUGGAUGACAACGAAAAGGUUCAACCAGCCCCUCCACCACCGGUCCAGCCGCGGGCCAUAACACCAGUCAUUGCAAUCUCGCCACCAGUGUCACCACCACUGUCUCCAGCCAUGUCCCCGGAACCUAUUGAUGACAUGCCUGUCCGCUCAAACCCGAAUGCGCCGCGCAUUAGCCUCAGACCCGUGACCCAAUUCCUGCCCAACUGGAGUCUUGAGAAGCAAGCUGCUGCGGCUGCUGCCGGUGGUGCUGUUGGUGUCGCCGUUACUGGUGAUGCCGCAGAUCGCCCCAACACCAGCCAGAGCGAUCACCCUGCUAACCCCUUUGGUCAACAAGCCGAGCGUGUUCCCUCCCCUAUUCACGAGGAUGCAAGCGCUCAUGCCUCUUACACGCCCUCUGAGAUGUCUGUGAGCGACAGUGCGUCGAUCCCCGAGAUUCCACAUGCCGGAGAGGCUGUUGCUGCUACUGCUGUUGCCGCUUCUGCCAUUGCUGCCGGGGCUGCUGGUGCUGUUGCUGGAGCCUCAACGCUGGCCCGCAAGCAAUCGAUGCGAAACCGCAACCCCAACAACGUUGAUCUGACUGUCAAUACGCUUGACACCGUCCCUCCAAGCCCUGCUGGCACCGAGUUCAGCGUGUCAACACCCGCCACUGGCCCUGCACCUGUACCCCAGGCAUCUCAGAGCGCUGCGGCUAUCGCUGCUGCAGGCGGCCCUGCCAACUCUACCGUUCACCGCGUCCAGCUUGACUUCAAGCCCACUCUUGAUGAUGAGGUGGAACUCAAGGCCGGUGAUUUAAUACGACUGCUUCACGAGUAUGACGAUGGAUGGGCGCUUGUCAUCCGUAUGGAUAGGUCUCAACAGGGUGUUGCUCCCCGCACAUGCUUGUCUACGCGACCAGUCAAGCCUCGACCUCCCCAGGGACCUCCUCCUGGACACCCGGCAGGCCCCCCCAGAGGAGCCAACUCUCCCACCGGCCAGCGACCAAUGACUCCUCAAAGCCAGCGCCCCAUGACACCGCAAGGCAAGUUCCCUCCUAACGGUGCCCCAAGAAUGGUAGCUGGUCCUGGAUCACGUCCUGCCUCACCCGCCGGUCCGAUGAUGAAUCGCAAUGGCGCAGGUCGACCUCAGUCUCCGAUGGGUCGUCCAAUGAGUCCCGGACCCAAGCACCAGGGACCUCCCACCAGCCGACCCCAGAGCCCCAGUGUGAUGAACCAACAACAACAGAGCAGCCCUACUGGGUCUAGCCCAUUGAACCCAAAUUCAAACCCAACAUCACCCACAGGCCCACCGGCGGGACCAGCAGCCAGCCCCAUUGAGAGGAAGCCGGUUCCCGGCCAAGCCUAUUAA